AGAAUAAUUUAAUAAUAGCAGUUCAGUGUAUAACUUACCUUCGAUAAACAGUUAUCCAAGAUGGCAGAGGAAGAAAAUCUAAAGGUUGCGGUGAGGGUUCGACCCUUUAACAAGAGGGAGACAGGACGAAGUGCGACACUGAUUGUCGACAUGAAGGAUAAAACGACAAUGAUUACUAAUCCUGCGGUAAAUAAAUUUCAGGUAUUUCAUGACCUUGGUGGAGGAAUACUGAAGAAUGCCUGGGCAGGGUUCAAUUCUUCUCUAUUUGCCUACGGGCAGACGGGCAGCGGGAAAAGUUGGUCAGUAUUCGGCUACGGAGUCAAUAAAGGGAUUGUGCCAAUGUUUGCUGAAAAAUUGUUCAAUGAAAUUGCCGAAAAGAAAGAUUCCGGAAUAACAUUUGAGGUGAAGUUUAGUAUGCUAGAGAUCUAUAAUGAGCAGGCUCGAGAUCUCCUAGUUCCAACUAAACCAGGAUCCAAACCAACAACUCUCAAGAUCAGAGAAAAUCCAAAACGAGGAUUCUACGCUGACGGUUUGAAAGAGGUGUUUGUGAGCAGCUAUGAGGACAUAAGUGCUAGAAUAGAGGAGGGUACUGUCAACAGAACUGUUGCCUCUACUAACAUGAACGCAACAAGUUCCAGGGCCCAUACAAUAUCAGGAAUAAGAUUUGUGCAGAAACAGCUGAACGAUGCCGGUAAAGAAAUGGAGAAGAAGGCGGUUAUUAAUCUCGUGGAUUUGGCGGGAAGUGAACGUGUGGAGAGUACUGGAGCUGCUGGCGAUCGAUUGAAGGAAGGAGCAGCAAUCAAUCAAUCACUCAGUAUGCUGGGAAAUGUUAUUCAUGCCCUGGCCUCUCAGUCAGAGGGGAAAAAUGUUCGAGUACCAUAUAGAGAUUCUACCCUCACCAAGCUUCUUCAGAAUGCACUUGGAGGAAACAGUAAAACUCUGAUGAUUGCUGCAAUCAGCCCCGCUGAUAUUAACUAUGAUGAAAGCUUGUCAACACUAAGAUACGCUGAUCGAGCAAAACAGAUUAAGACGAAAGCAAUAGUAAACGAGGAUCCAACUGAAGCUCUUAUUAGAGAACUAAAGGUAAAGACAGAAUCAAGUGUUGGAACGGAUCUUAAGAGUAUGGCUGGCAAAGAGACAAUGUCUAAGGCUGAGCUUGAAGCACUGAAGAAGGAAUGGUUGGCGGAGAUGAAGGCGAAUAUGAAGGCGAAUGAGAAGGAAGCAAACGAUAUGAAGAAAACUACUGAGGAGAAGGUUUCUCAGCAGAAGGAGAAGGAUUCAGAAAAGGAUUCUGCCCUGCAGAAGGUUCUGGAGGAGAAGAAGAGUAAACCUCAUUUCUUUAAUCUUAACUUUGAUCCUCAGCUUAGCGGCAGACUUGUUCAUAUCAUUCAGAAAACGGAAACGGAAAUAGGAAAUCAGAAAGGAAAGGAGUCUGAUAUCUGUAUGGUUGGACCAGGUGUUCAUGAGACGCAUGCAAUAGUAAAGCAGGAUAAGAAAUCUCAUCAAGUUUUCAUCACACCCUCGGAGAAGGAUUGUAGAUUACUCGUCAACGGAGAUAUCAUUACCUCAGAGGUAGAACUACAUCACAAUGACCGUCUUAUAUUUGGCUCUACGCAGCUUUGGGUUUUCCAGAAUCCCAAACAGAAGGAUAAAGACUCCAAGACGUAUCCUCCUAUCACGUAUGAGUACGCCCAGGAGGAGAUUGCUGCCAAGGCAGGGGUGAAAGUGGAUUCAGCUGGUGGCGGGGAUAUGGCCCUUCUUCAGGAGGAUUUGAUUGAUACAAUGCCAGCUGUUGAAGAGGCAAAUUCUAUCAGUGAAGAGUUGGAUAAAAGAGUCAAGUUUGAGAUAAUCCUGAUUUCUCCUCAAAUGCUCGGACAGAUGAGGGGAACCAAAGCGGAGGGAUUUACAGAUAUGGAGUCCAAGCAACCGGAAGUUUGCGUCAAGAUGAAAAAUCUUGAAAAUGGAACCGAGUUUAUCUGGCCAAAGGAAAAGUUUUUGAACAGGUUGUACCUGAUGAAGGAGAUGUACAACAAUUAUGAUGAGGAAGAGGAUGACUGGGAUUUGCCUGAGGACAAGGAUCCAUUUCAAGAGGAUCUUAAUUCAGAUGUGAACAUUGGAGCAGUACAGGUGUCCCUUCAACCCAUAGCGUACAUGGUUGAGAUGAAAGAACAGCUUGAGAUUACAGACCUAAAAGGAAACAAAAUUGGAGUUAUGAAUAUUGAAGUAGCACCCUGUAACAGGAAAGGAAAAGAAUAUACUGAGGCUGAUGACAAGUUUGUUGAUAGUCCUGACGAUCUGGUCGGCAAGGAUUUGCAUUUCCUGGUGAAGAUAGUUAAUUGCAGAGGAUUACCUAACAAAUUCACGGAUAUGCACUGUAAAUACAGGGUCUACCUGGAUGAAAAGGACACGACAACUGAGAAAGUGAGCCUCACCUCAAAUCCGGAUUUUAAUCAUAAGAAGCAAUUCAGCUUUACGCCAGCAACAAGGCAACUUGUUGAAUAUCUCAACAAUGGAAAUAUUAUGAUUCAGAUAGUGGGGAAACAGUUUAUCCGUAAGAGUGCAGUUGCGUCUAAAAAAGGUCAAACAACAAAGGAACUUUUGAAGAGUGAUAGAAGUGUGAUCACUAAGAGUGGAAUUCAAGUAAAUGGGAAGGUUGUAGACCCACAGAAGCAAAGUAUUGUUGUUGAGCUCUUGCUUAUGAAGAAAACUCAAGCUCGUCUUCAACAGAGAGUUGAUAAUUUAAAGAAAAUGUUAGAGAAAGCGGAUUCAAUGGGAAAGCAUGGUGUGUCUACUAAAGUAAUAAAAUCCUUUUUUAACGCCCACACAACAGAUCAGUUCGGGGCAGCCAUGAAACAGCUAGAAGAAGAUUAUGAUGAUGAAGGUUACAGAUCAGCAUCACCACUCAGUCAAACCCAGCAGAGUUCUGUAUGCGUUAUUUUAUAAUUAUUACAAGGAUAAUAAUAAUACCAAUAUUAUAUUUUAUAAUUAUUACAAGGAUAAUAAUAAUACCAAUAUUAUAUUUUAUAAUUAUCACGUGUUUUCCGGUUUCCAAGGGUCAAAGAGGAUUAAAUAUUUACAGGGUUAACAGUAGUUCUAGUCUUAUAAAAGUUAGAUAACAGAUUGGUCUUUGUCCAGAUAUUACGAACAUAAAUAUGUGAACUAUAGUUUGUAUACCUUUGUGCAUAAUAACCGAGUAUGAAGUGUUUCUUCGUUUACCAUUACUUAACAAUUUUACGAAAUGACAUGAACAUGAGGGGAGUAUCCUUCUCUAAGCUAUUAUACACAAAGGUUUCUCACAUGUUUAAUGUUUAUCUGCUAAAGGCUAUGUAUACCCGAAUGACGACAAAUUGACCAAAAAUACAAUUUAAGGAAACCGGGAUAAAUCCAUUUUGACCUUUUCUCAAGAGGAAAAUAAAAUUCAAUAAAAAUAGAAAUUUUACAAAGGCUCUAAGUUUUUUAAAUAAAAAAACACAAAAUUAAAAUAUUUAAAAAAAUUUAAAUACUGUCACUCAGCAAUUAAAUUAAACGAAAUAAAUUACACAAAACAUAAUUUACGAUAUCUUAGUAUUGCAUUCACUAGGUGAAAUUAAUGAGGGAAAAACAUGGAAAAUUAAAAAUAUUUUAUUUUUAAUUUUGUAAUUCAUAGUUUUCAUCUUCGUGUCAAAACUCUGAUUUAAAGAUUGGCCGACUAAUCAACUUUAACUUAGUUUUGGUUAAUUGGUUCAUAAAUUGACUUGGAAGGAUAAAAUUUCUUAAACUCCACUGUUAAGCGGACCAUUGGCCGAAUUUUAAGAAUUUGAGGAAAAUCUCAAAUUUGAGACGCGGCUCAAACCAUGGUCUCACUUGAAAUUGUAUUGGGAAUGUUUUUGCCGGUUCAGCGACACGGCUCGAAUUCUUUAAAUUCGGCCUUUUAACAUUUUACUCGGCAAUAAAAAUGAUUAUUAAUAUACUCUUAUAAUUACCAAAAUGUGAUAUUUGAAAAAAUUCUUAUUAAAAAUCUUAAUAAUGACGUGUUAGAUGUCUCACUCAUAUUUAUACGAUGCAUAAAAAGAUAUAUGUUAAAUAAACUUUUUCCUUUC